AUGCACUGCUCGAGGCGAUGCAAAGCGUUGACUUUGGUCCGGUUCUUCUGGCAUCGCGUCUUCGCUGUCUCUGGCAAGUUUUUGCCUCGAGUUCCUCGUCCUAAGCAUCUGUUUGUCUUCGUCGACGUGGCAAAAAGUUUCAGCGAUAUUUUUUAUCAUCCAGUACGAUAUUGCAACGACCUCAACGACUAUGACAUAUCGUUGCACUUGUCGAGGUAA